AUGCGGGCGGAGGAGCCGCUGGCGCUGGCUGCCCCGCGGGCGGGCGGCGGGGGCGAGGCGGAGGCGGCUGGCGAGGAGCGGAGCGGCGGCAGCUGCUGCAGCAGCGAGCGGCUGGUGAUCAACAUCUCCGGGCUGCGGUUCGAGACGCAGCUGCGGACCCUCUCCAUCUUCCCCGACACGCUUCUCGGGGAUCCCAGCCGCCGGGUGCGCUACUUCGACCCGCUCCGCAACGAGUACUUCUUCGACCGGAACCGGCCCAGCUUCGACGCCAUCCUCUACUACUACCAGUCCGGGGGGAGGCUCCGCCGGCCGGUCCAUGUGCCCCUCGACAUCUUCCUGGAGGAGAUCCGCUUCUACCAGCUGGGCCAGGAGGCCAUCGAGACCUUCCGAGAGGACGAGGGCUUCAUUCAAGAGGAGGAGAAGCCCCUGCCCCAGCACCACUUCCAGCGCCAGGUCUGGCUGCUCUUUGAGUACCCUGAGAGCUCCGGGCCAGCCCGGGCCAUCGCCAUCGUCUCUGUGCUGGUCAUCCUCAUCUCCAUCGUCAUCUUCUGCCUGGAGACCCUGCCUGAGUUUCGCCAGGAGCCCAAGGGUGCCCAGCCCAGCUUCGGGGAGGCAGUGCCGCACGGUGACGAGACGCUGCUGCUGCCACCACCGCUGCCGAGCGGGACCCCACCACCUCUGCAUCCUGCCACCAGUGCUGGUCCCUUCUUCACUGACCCCUUCUUCCUUAUUGAGACCCUGUGCAUCAUCUGGUUCUCCUUUGAGCUCCUUGUCCGCUUCUUCGCCUGCCCCAGCAAGCCUGAGUUCUCCCGCAACAUCAUGAACAUCAUCGAUAUCGUGGCCAUCAUCCCUUACUUCAUCACCCUGGGCACCGAGCUGGCCCAGCAGCAGCAGCAGAAGCAGCAGCCUGGGAGCAGCAGCAACAACGGGGGCCAGCAGCAAGCCAUGUCCCUGGCCAUCCUCAGAGUCAUCCGCCUGGUCAGGGUCUUCAGGAUCUUCAAGCUCUCCAGGCACUCCAAGGGGCUACAGAUCUUAGGGAAGACUCUCCAGGCCAGCAUGAGGGAGCUGGGCCUCCUCAUAUUCUUCCUCUUCAUCGGGGUGAUCCUGUUCUCCAGUGCUGUCUACUUUGCAGAGACUGAUGACCCCGACUCCCUGUUCACUAGCAUCCCUGAUGCUUUCUGGUGGGCAGUGGUGUCCAUGACCACUGUGGGCUAUGGGGACAUGUACCCCAUGACAAUUGGUGGCAAGAUUGUGGGGUCCUUGUGUGCCAUCGCAGGAGUUCUCACCAUUGCUCUUCCUGUCCCUGUCAUCGUGUCCAACUUCAACUACUUCUACCACCGAGAGACUGACCAUGAAGAGCAGUGCCAAUACACCCACGUCACCUGCGGCCAGCAGCAAUCACCCUUCUCGGAGCCCAAGAAGGGGGACAGUAAUCAGUCUCUCAGCAAAUCUGAAUUCCUGGAAGCAGAAGACCUGGAGUCCAUGAAAUAUUCCAACUUCAUUCCUCCCAACAGCCAGGGUUAUAAGGAGAAGAAAAUGCUGACAGAGGUGUGACCAGUCCUGGUUCCAAACACAGAGCUGCAGGCUGCUGCACAGCCCUCUUCCUACUAGCAGCUGGAUCUGUUCAGCAUUUAUGUGCCACACUGUGAAUCGUGAUACCGUAAACAGAAUUGUGGUGAUAAUGGGCUCUUCUGUCCAGAUUUGCUGUUUCUCAUUACCAUAUGCAGCCAGAAAUGUUCUUGCUUUAAUCUGUGGAGUGGUAGCUGUUAUCCCCUACUCCCUCAUGAUUUUUUUUUCUGUCUUUGAAGACUGCUUUAAUCCAAUAUUUGCUCUGAAACCUAGCCUUUCUAUUCCACUAGUAGAGAAGCCCUUGCCACUACUUCAGCGGGAGGAUUCAGCAGGGAGUAAAGAGUUAAAGGGGCUGUAAACAUCUGGCUCAAGCUGUGCCCUUAGUUCCUCUGCCAUCAAAGCGCCCUUAGCUGUGGGAUCAGUCAUGCCUGCCAUGCCAUUGCCUUUGAAUAAUGGAAAUGCUGUAGCCAGCAUCACAGUGAGUUUGCAGCUGUAGGGGAAAGUCAGCAAAGCAAACGCCUGCCUUCUUUGCAACCCUUGGCAUGCUAAAGAUCUGCUUGGUUUGUGUUUCAAAAGAGGUGCAUAGACUGAAAAGUUCUUCGCUACUUGUGACUGUAUUACCAUUUAUCAAAAACAGGCUUAUAGAAGUCAAAAGCCUUGGUGAAGAUUAUCUGUGUUUUGAGCUUAUUUCAGCCUUGUUUAUAUCAGUACCCUGAUGUUAAUUGGCUUUUAUAGUACCAAUUUAAUCUUCAUAGUGGUAAGUGCCUUCUGAUGCAAGGCAUGUUUGAGCAAAUUCAUUAUCUCUGCAGUUUAUCUUCACACAAUAGUGUUUAAUGAGACGUACUUUAUGCUUCAGAUAUUCAGUUCUGUAUUCAGGCAUGUGAGAGCAAUUGACUCCGCUGUGUUUUUAUUGAAGUGUUUAUAGUUGAGGGAAGUUUGCAUGUUGGUAUUUUGUUAACGUUGCUAAAAACCCCUGACUACAGGCAGCUGCACUUGCACUGUCUGAAGACUGCACUGCCAGGCAUAAAUUGCCCCAGGGUAAGUGUGUCAACAUAUGAGAUUUAGAUUGACAUGGAUACAAAAUUCCCUAAACCAUCUGCACAGACCCAACAGCAUACCCUUGACCUUUCAAAUAAGGACAGAAACAGCUAGCCUUGAAGAGGUGCUUUUGUUGUAUUACUGAAGUAGCCAGUUCUUGGUAUUUCAUGGGUAGGAGGCACAGCAACGUCUUUUGCGAGCACUAGGUUUUAUGAGAGCAUCUUAUGCAGUAAUGCAAAGUGCAUAGCUUGGCCUGCAGUACCAGGUUUGCCAAGAGAUCAGAUAUUCACACCUUGAGAUGCACAUUUUACUUCCCAGAUUUCCCUUUUUAAUCAGCUCUGCCUUACAUCUAACUUCAAAAUGUUUCAAGUGCUGCCAGUGGGUGAGAAAGGGAAAUGGAUGCUCUGAGAUUUGAUUGACAAGUUUUCCUGCACGGAGAAAUCUUUCUUGUUUUAGAUCUUAAGUGUAUGUUUUGCAAUCACAUGUGUGCACGUGUAUGAAAGCAAAGGCAGCCAUUAAUGCCUUGUGUCAUACUGAAUGAUAUGCAUAUUAGAAUGUACUACAUAUUGCAUGUGACAAAUGUAAUACAUAAACCAGACAUAAUAUCAAGAUGCAAAAUAUAUAGAAUACACUUUAUGUGUAAGUACAUAUCUUAUACUUUUCAACCGUGAGGCUAAGAAUGCUAAAGGCAUAUAGUCAGAACUGGCUAUAGUACUGCUUGUGAGGGGGGAUCUGUUUGCAUCUUUGCUACUCUGCUUGUUUCUCAUUGUCUUGAGAUCUGGCCCCAUGCCUAGAGUGCUUUUUAUUGUAGCCUCUCUCCAUCUGGGCUGUGAUCAUACAGUAGAAGUUGUUUGUGUAAAUCCUAACUGCUGUAUUUCUCCAGAGUCCUGUUGUCUCCUCAAAGGUUUGUAAUGUGCAGGGAUCUCCCUUGGGGUUGGCACACACGCAUUAUACUAAAUCCUCUCUGUUCUCUUUCUCUCACUGAAAUCAGUAGCAAAAUGCUAGUUGUCUCUGUUUCUGCAGGUCAGUCAGAGAGACCCAAGGGUGAUGAGGUGAGGAGGGAUGUAUAGCUGAGAGGAGUUUGCCUGAAUACAUAGGUGCCUGGUUCCUCUUUGGUUUGUCAGGACUGAGACAAAGGUCUGUGAAGGUCUGGGUGGUGAGAGCCAUUCUGAAUCCUUUGAAGCAUGAAAGCAGCUGGUGGGAAAUCCUGGUGAAUAAGUGGAACUGAGGAAGGAUCAACAUAGUGGCAUCUCUGUUGCUUUUGUGUUAAAAGUUGUCUCAGACAUUGAUUUACUUUAGUAGAGUGCUGUUGCUGUUCUUAGUUGUGUUUCAGGGUCACUAGAAUGAAAUAUUUUCUGUGAAUGCAAGACAGUGACUCUUCUUCCAUUUUUUUGGUUGCUUUGAUAGAUGCACUAGAAACCAGCAAAAGAACCUGCUAUUUAAGAGAAAUGUUUCUAGGUUGCUGCUGUCUCCUAGCAGAAAGCCCGUGUUGGUUUAUUUUAUGCCUAACUGUAUCAGGUGAUGAAAGUUUUCCCAAAGUAGGAUAUAAAAAACUCAGGUUAAGCACAAGUUCAGGAGGCAGCGUGAGGCACACUGAGCCUACGUCAGAAAAUUCCCGUUCUUGCUUCUUUCCUUGGGCCUGACCCUGUUGCCCCUGCCAGGCAGGAGCCCUUCCUGCUCAGAACAGGUUGUUCUCCCAACCAGUGUGACAGACGGCUGGGCACGGAGAAGAAAAAUGUGAAACAAAUUACUGGCAGCAUAAUCCCAGUGUGUCCUGUAAAGAUGCUCUUCUAAAGAGAUUUCCUGCUCUCAGGUGAAAUUCAGCAGCAAGUUUCUAGCUAGAGUGUUGUCUGCACACAGACCUGCAUGCAUUCACACGCAUAUACCAAACAAAGAGGAAACUUUGUUGCAAACAGACAGCUUGGUGCAGUUUUUUUGCAACCCACAAUUUUCAGUUCUGAGAAGAGAGUGCAAAUGAAAAUGUGUGAAGUGGGAGUGGCAUUUGCUCCCUGGGUUUUCUGUGUAAGAGCUAAACGAAAUUCAGAAAGCCAAUAGAAGACUGGAAAAUAACCUAGGGACUUCCAUUUGGGCAUGCAACUCCUUCUCUAAGCAUCUCCUGAAAAGCAAGAUAGUCAAGUCCCGGUUACCAAAAAUACUGUAUUAAAGAACCUCUGGAAUCUGACAUUUUUAUUAAGGAGCCUUUGAAUUUCUUUCAAGUGAUUCAAGUGCCCCAGUGGCACCCAUGCCAUUGACUUUACAGAGGGCUCAUGUUGCCAAAUCACAGAGAUGCUUUCAAAAAUCUUACCUCAGGUGUUCAGCUCUUAUCACUCACUCUUGGAUGUUUGAAAUACAAAUCUGUCUGUCUGUUCAGCUGUUUCCUUUUGAAGGCAGAGCACAUCCUUGUGAAGCCAAGUAGGCACCUCCAGGGACCUGUUUCCAUAACAACGUCCCAGACUGUUUCUCUCCAGCCUGUGACUUUGACUACUAGCAAAAGCACUCGUUGAAUAUUUUCAGCUCUCAGAUAUUAGUACCUUACCUUUACACCUGUUUUCUUACUGAAGAUAAUUCCAUCACCUUAUACCAUGUACAACUGUCCUGUCCAAUUUCAGACAGUUACCAUAAUUUGAAAGCAGAGAGCACAAUCCAGGAGAUUGGGAAAAAAUGUCGUCCCUAUAUUCUUGCAUACAGGGAGGUGGGGAGUGUGUGAAAGACAAUCCGAGCACUCACAGUCAAGGAGCUGAGGGGCAACUGGCCUGUGAAUGUAGAGAGUCAUCUGGGUGCCCAAUGACCAGGAAUACAAGUUAAAGCAUUGCAUUAGAAAAAACAGGAACUCCUUUUUUUUGACAAUCUCACUAGAAAAUAGUUUUUCUGUGGAAGAGACUCUUGCUCCUUCCUGACCCCUUGGUUGUUCUGUGAUAAUCAGUUUCUCAGAUAAUUUUCCCACAGGAUGUUUUGCACCAAAACAGGAGAGGGCAGAAGUCAUCUUGUUUGGAGGUAGGGAAGGAAAUAAGGAAGAAUUGUACUGAGGACACCUUCUUUUAUCCACAACUCAUCAGCCACUGUAAGCAUCAAAAGCAUGAAGAGCUGUUUUGCGAUAUUUCAAAGUCUACAUUACUGGUGGAGUUCUGCCCUUACCUCCAAGAUGAAAUUCCUACUCUGCUCCUGUUUGGAAAGUGUUGCCAUUUGGGAUUUGUGAGCAAUUUUCUGUUUGGGCCCUGUUCUGGAUCCAGUUUUCAUGGAUAAAAAUUCACUGCUAGAGCAGCUGUGGGGGUGACAGUGACUGGACUUGGUGUUCUCUCCUAGGCUCUCCAGCAUAGAGAGAUCCCUUUGGGGAUAAAGAAGAAUGAGUAUAAGGGAAAUUCAGGGCAGCAAGGGACAAGGUAAGGACUGAAGUAUCUUCAUACUGGAUGGAGAGAAGAGCAUCAACACUAAAAGCAAAGGGACAAACAGCACCAGUGGCUGCUGCUAUAGCACAAGAAGGUCCUGUUUACAUCAGGGAAAGAUCUGCAGAUUACAGCAGCAGUUAACCACAGCUUUCCCAGAAGCUCUCAUCUAUCUUGAGUGCAAGGCUUGGUGGCAGCUGAGGACAAGGACUUAGCCUUGCUACUCUGGACUUCAGCAUGUAGAAGAGAACAGAGGCUGGAUUCUGGAUGCUGCAAGGCUAUCAUGUCAAGAUGCUGUAAAAGAGGUUGUUGCAUCUUCUUACUGCAGAGUUGGUGGUUUCCCUGUGUGCAGGAAAUGCAUUUAGGGGCAGGAAACUGAUUUCCUUGUUUUGUGGUACUCUUGCUGUUUCUUUUAAAGGGAUUAACACUCUUAAUUCUGGGAAACUGAAGCUAGAUGUGAACAGGGGGUUGAGGGAGGAGGUGGGGAGAAUCCCAUUCGGGAUUCAAGUGUGUCUCAUCAAUAACACAGGAUUCAGUUUCCAGGGGCUAAAUUGCAGCAAUUUAUGAAAUGUUCGUCAAAAACCCCAGACAAGCACCGAGUCCUGUGGGAACCACAAUGGACACAGGUCACCUCCAAAAGACUCUUUUAUGGUCACUUAUUUUAAUUUUUUUUUUUCAAGUGGAGUAUCCAGUCCUGGCAAAUGCAUAAGGUCAGUCCUUUGAAGAGCAAAUAGCUUUCUCUAGAGAGCUGAAAAAGUGGCCAUAGUCUGUCCAUUUGUCUGCCUGUCUUUUGGCCCUGGAUUACUGUGCUUUUUAAAAGUGUGUUUUCACAACUCAGAUAAAUGGUAGACAUUUCACAUAGGUAUAAAGUAAUAAUCAUCCUGUUCAUGCACAAUAUCUGAUAUCUAAGGGGUGAACCCAAACCAGAGGUAUUUCUCAUUUAUCUAUGAAGUGUCUUGCUUUAACGUGUGUACAGUCAGUUCUUGUUGUGAAUGUGUGAGUCCCUUGCCUGCUGUAAAGGAGGCAGUGACUUAGUUUCAGUGGCUGUGGAGAGUUUCACUGAAAUAGCACUGCUCAUAGUCUUUCAUAUGAUUUAUAAGGCACAAUAGCCAGAAAAUGUAAUAGUUCUGAAAAUGUAAUGUAAUUGUAUGCAGCAUUCCCAGAAAAUGCUCUGAAGUCUUCUCCCAUUGCACCAUUGUGACAAAAACCUCUGUUGCUUCUCAAGCUCCACAAGCCCAUGCUGUGCUGUACUGAAACUGAGAGAAAACCCAGUUAGCACUGAAAAGUGAAGGGCAGAGAGGGAUGUUCUGGCCUGGAAUCCCUUCCCUUUGGUAGGGGCAAAGAUGCAGCCAUACCCAAAGAUGGAUCUACCCUGCACAUGGCUCCAGCUCUCUGCACAGGACAGUGGGACGGAGUGUGAGGAGAGGGAAUUGUUUCUUGGAGGGGAGAGACGGAGGGGAAGAGUGGAGUAAAAGGUAUUCUGCACAUGAUGACUGGGAUUUUAUGAGGGCGCUCUGAUGGAUUCUGGGCAUCCAGCUUCCCUAGGACUCCUUAUCAGUAGCACCCUUUACAUCUUUAUGAGUGACUUUUAGCCUGUCUGGCGUCAUCCCAGUUAAUGUGUGUGAGAAAAGAGGUAGAAGGCAGCUCACUCUCAUUUGGCAGCUCUCAGCACCUGUAGCAGGCAAGGACUGUAUCAUGCCCUUGUGGCUGCUAGCUGAAGCUCUGAUCCCUUGAUGAGCUGUGACUUCAUGACCACCUGUGACUCAAACAGGGUUGUAGGACUGGGUUUAAAGAAACCAUGAGGUGCCAGAUCCAAAGAUACUUUUGGAGCAGGUCUGCUCAGUAGUCCUAAGCGUGAAUGUCAGACCACAGUUCUUAGGAGGCAACAUUGGUGCCACGUUCAUAUUGUUCGGGCACAAAAAAUACAGAGGCCUACUAUACAUCUUAGUGCAGGCCAGCUUGCAGUGUGGGACUUCUCUGAGUCACUUGCCUAUGCUGAUCUGUGUGGCAAAGACAUGUGGCUGACCAUGGAUAGCCGGAGCUGCCAUGGACCCUUCUUGCAAGGGCAUUUGUCUUCAGACUCAACCUGAGUGCAGGGUGCCUUUGGAAAGUUGUGAUUAUGCUGCAGAAGUCUAUGGGUACCCUUCAGAUACAUGACACACAGGUCAAAGAUUUUAGACCAUACUGUGUGCUAGCACAAACUGCAGAGUUGUUAAUGACAGGAUUGCUUUUCUCUUACUGUGAAGCCUUGCACCGAUGGGUUGUUUCAAGGCAGACAGCUGGGAUUGGCAGGCCAGAUCGGGCGUCGUGAUAAGUAAUUUCAUCUCCCUUAUUGGAGCUAGGCUGAUUUGCACAAGUCUGGUCCAACAUUUCUGAGAAGCUGUGGAUGGUAGGGGUUGUCUGUUGCACUGAAAACUUGAAGCCUUUCAAACAAAUUACAUGAGGUAAACGGAAUUUUUAGAUGGAGCAUUGAAAACGCAGUCCUCCAGGCUGUUCUCUGGGUUCAGGCUUCAAGAAUACAAGUUCUUAGUAAAGAAUCUCACACACAGUGGGAGAAGAGGGCUUGGAAGUUGACCAAGGAGAUGGGACUCAACUGGGCUUUGAACAGCAAUCGUUGUCCUUUGCCAUAAUAUGUGCAUAAUAAUGUUGCAAACCCAACAUUACACAGGCCAAGAACCUGUUGAAACUAUGUAACUAGAUACUUGUGAUUGUUCCUGUCAGAGUGAUCCACUGUUCAAUAAGCUAGAUGUAUAAAUAAAAUCAAUAUUUUUUAAA